AUGUCUGCAACAAAUAUGCGCAUAGAACCGGCGCAAGAACACGACCUCCCCCGCCUCGCCCACAUCUUCACAACAGCCUUCUCGCACAUCCCCUGGCUGCGCCUAGUCGGCUACACCCCCGACUCAGCAGGCCACGCCCUCUUCACAACCAACACCCUUAGAGCCUGGGCCCUCCACUCCCAGAAAUUCAGCACGCCUAUGACGCUUAAGUGUGUUUAUAAAAAUCCCGAGAGUGGGGAGGAGGUCAUCGUGGGUAUGGCGAAUUGGAUUUUCCAUGAGAGGGAGAUGGCGGAGAGGGAGUUUGCGGAGUGGAGUUAUAUCUUCUCUGCGGAGUGGGUGGCGGAUGCUACGCAGCGGGCUCAAGCCCGCGCUUUUGUGAGGGGGAUGCUCGACAGGCAGGUUAAGUGGAUGGGCGGUCGGGCGUUCGGGGAGUUGCAUUUCCUCUGCGUGGAUCCUGUUUGGGAGAGACGGGGGGCGGGCAGCGCGCUAGUGAGGUGGGGCGUGCAGAGGUGUAGGGAGCUGGGUGUGCCUGGGUGGGCGGAUGCGACGGAGGUGGCGAGGAGGGUUUAUGAGAGGGAGGGGUUUGUUUGUGUUGAGGGGGUGGCGGUUAUGGUUUGGUGGCCGGAGGGGUGGGGGGAGGGGGAGAGGGGGAUGGCGUUGCCCGGGUGGGAGGGGAGGGGAGGGGAUGGUGAGUGA